AUGCAAUAAUAAUUAACUUCUUAAGUUAUUUUAGAUCGUAAUCAAGAAUUCAAAGGAGUUGAGUUCUAAUUUAACUCUAGAAAGAUUGUCGUUGAAAAUAUUGAUCCACUAGAACCAUUAUCAAAAUAUAUUGAUGCAGAUAAGCUCAAUGAAAUUCUAAGUAAUUUUAAUUAUUUGAGUAAGAUUAUAAAAUUGAAGAUUCUAAGAAAGGAGAAGAAGGCAUCAAAUUGAAUUAGCAUAUUAAAUAUUAUGAUUUCUCUAGACCUCCUACUGGUAUUCCUAAAAAGGCUUUUAGAGCAUAUAGUGCAAUUGCAAAGAAAAAGAAAUGAA